UCGGUUUAAGCGGUUGACUUUUUCAGUGGAUCUUCGUCGUCUCAGUUGUGAUUAUUGUAGUGUCUUUCGUUUUUAAUGAGUGAUUAGAAUUUCUGAACGAUUUCUCGGGUGGUGUUUUUUUUUUCUUAUUUCAUACCUUUUCCUCAUCUUCACCGGCAUGAGAAAAUGUUUUCAUAGUUUAUGCGAGCGCGUGUUUUUCUUCUAAUUUCCUCAUCUUCGGACCGUCGUCGUCGUUCGGUGUGAAAGAUUCGCAAUCGUGUCGUCCGUAGAUCGUUGGUGUUGUAAAUUGGUGGAUUUUAAAAAUAUGAUCGCGCUGCGUUUAUGAAUUUCGCGCACUUUCGCGCUCAUCACGAAUGAACGAUAUGGUCCAGUGAUCCUGUGAUUGAUCCAGCAGGAUGUUGCAGGAAUUUUCGUGGUGAAUUUAGUUCAGAAAAGUUGAUCCACGCACGACGAAGAUCAGAAAGCAUCAAAGUGUAGAGAGCUGAAGAAACAAACCCGAAUCCAAAGAGCGAAAACCGGGCGCGAUCGACGAGGGUUUUGCUCGAAAAGUGAGAGUGGAACCGGUUCAAACAGCAGAAAAAAAGAUCACAUCAACCAGCUACCUUCCCAAAAUCCCGUCGAAAAAUUUUCACAAUCAAAAUGACACUAACGCCGCGCACCGUCAGACUUGCAGAAUGCUCUCCAACCGGAGGUGUGCUGAAAUUAGCACCUGUUAACCGGUGGAUGUGAUAGAGUGUCAAAAAGAAUAUAAAAAAAAAUGGAAAAGUUCUAUCCAGAUCCAAAUCAAUAGAUCAUAGUGAAGAUUUUCGCAAAAUCCCCGUUUACUAGUGUCUUGUGGUGCAAUUGAAUCAACAAAUGCAGAAAAAAUCGCAUCGCAGAAGAAGCCUUGAAAACCGAACUAGCAAAAUAUUUGUCAACGCUGCUCAGUUGUGUGCUCAAAUGUUUAGUAGUGAUCAAGCCAGUCACCGUGUUCAAGUUUGAAGCCGUUGUGUUUGUUUUUUUUUUUUUGUAUUUUGAAACUCAAUAGUGGAGUGAAAAAGCAGGAACAUCACUUUCGUUUUUGUUUUGAGUGGCGAGCUUUUAUUGUUAUUGCACAGGGGGUUGGGUUGCAAUAGUUUUAACCGAAGAUAGCGGAGUCAGACGAAGAUGAAACUGUCCAAAUAUGUGGACUGGCUGCAGAUCCGAGCCCUGCUCAGGAAGGAUUACCUGGUGCGGAUACGACAACCGUGGAUGACCCUAGUCCAGUACCUGUGGCCCUGUCUGAUCUUCCUGUCGCUGUACGUGCUACGGAAUCGCUUCAAGGCGGUCGAGAUUGGUGAUUGUCAGUUCCCGACCCGGCACCUACAAAACAACGGAAUCCUUCCGUUCUUCCAGUCCUACGUGUGUACCUUCGAGAAUGAGUGCAGCAAUCCGAAGCAAUACGAAGAAACGACGGAUUUCGAGCGUGCUCCGGUGACCCCGGUCCUGAACAUUGUCCAAAUCUUCCUGGACACUCCGCAGCUGUACGAUGCGAUCAUAAACCUGCCGGUGGAGCGAAAUUUCAUUGGAACCGUCACUUCGAUCGUGACCCAUGCCAAGUUUAAGGAGAUCGAAGGAAACGCGGACCGUCUGGUCAGAAUGCUACCGGAAAUCGAAAAAAUAGUUGGUGGAGGAUUCGACAUUGAAAAGCUGUUUGCCGAUGAUCGGACGUUUUCAAACUCCGGGAAUAUUCUCUGUGGUCGGCCUUUCCCCCGUUCGGAUAACAUCCGCUUCAUCGAUAAUGUGCUGUACUCGCAGGACUUCAAUGGGGCCGAUCCGGAUGAGCUGGCCGUUAUGCCCACGCGGUACUGCAAGCAGCUCUAUCUGGACGUGACCAAUACCAACAAUGGGAAAAUCACCUGGAAGCAGCUGAAGCCGAUCCUGCAGGGCAAGAUUCUGUAUGGACCGGCCGGCGAGAGAGUGGAUGAGAUUGUCAAAUUUGCCAACCAAACCUUCGCGGACAUGGGUCGAUUGCGGGACUUCUUCAAGGCCCUCAACACCACCGUCCAGCUACUCCAUUCGGAUACCUCCUUCCGGGAAAGCUUCGAAGGGUUGCUGCAGCUGGCGAAAUCCCCGCUGGUUCAAAUGAUUGCCGGAGGCAAUGUCAACAUCGACCUGAUCGAAAACAUGUUAAAUGGCAUUUUAACCGAUCCUCAGGUGGCCAAAACGUUGGAAACCAUUGCCAGCAUAUUUGAGUGUUUUUCGACGGAUCGGUUCAUUAGGGUAGAGUCAGAGAGAGAAUUGGAAGAUCAAGCGUUUGAGCUGAAUCGGAAGAAGCUGUUCUUUGCCGGAGUUGUGUUUGAGAACAGUAGUAGGGAGGAGGAAAUUCCUUACAAAAUUCGGAUGCGUAUCGAUGAUACUCCGGUUACAGUUGAGAAUAAGAAUAGGUUCUGGUUCCCGGGACCCGAAGCCAGUUUCGAGUUGGAUAUGAGGUAUCACAGGGGAUUUAUUCAAAUUCAACACGCGGUAGAUAUGGGUAUCAUUCGAGCGUUAAAGAAGGAGAAAAUGGAAUCGGAUAAAGAUGAUGAAACCGUCGCUGAACCGGUUGUUGGCUCCAGCAGUGAGGAUCUCGGACUUACGCUGGGUGAUGAUUUGGAAGACGAAGAAGAGGAGGAAUCGGAUGAUGUGACCACAACAACGACAGUAUCUUCCGCAACCGGAAGUACAACCGAGAAUUUGACCUCAUUGUACUCGAAUCUCGGCAGUAAGAUAAACAUAUCCCAAUCGGACCUCAACCGAUUCAACGAUAAAGCUGCUUUGGAUGAGUAUCUGGACUUUAAUGACGAUGAAUCCGGGGAAGAAGUGGAUGCCGAGGAUCCCUUGAACAUCUCAACAACCACAUCAACAUCAACUACAACUGUUCGUAGUCGUCGAAAGCGGGCUCCACAAUUUUCCCUCUUUGAUCUUUUCUUGGGAGGUGGAUCGUCGAAGAAAACCAAUGAAAUCACCUAUGAGGUUGCCAAAGAAAAAUUCUACACUAAAGAAUUCCCUUAUCCGAAAUAUAUUAAAGAUGAUUUCAAAAAGGGACUCUACCUGGCGCAAUCCAUCCAGAUGAGUUUCUUCGUAGCUUUGAUAGUACAUGUGUCAUCCUCCGUUCGUCAGAAGAUUUGGAUGAAGGAAAGCGGCAAUAUUAUGCUAAUGCGUUCGAUGGGCCUCAAGUCGAGUUCGGAUUCCAUAUCCUGGAGCAUCACAACGUUGAUCGAGCUGGCGAUCGUAUUCGUGUUUACCCUUUCGAUCCUUUACACCGGAGGGAUCCUGAUCCACUCGAGUGGCUUCUUCCUUUUCGUGUACAUGCUGGUCUUCGGGGUGUGUCUGAUUGCGUUUUGCUACAUGUGUUCGAUGUUCUUUGCCUCGGCCAGCAUCGGAUCGGUAUCGACGGUCAUUCUGUUCCUGAUCACAUUCCUACCGUACAUCAUCAUCAUUUCAUUGGGCGCUGUACUGAGCUUCGGAUCGAAGUUUUUGGCGCGCGAAGAAGAGAACGACAAAAUUCUGCAGCAGUUUGAUGACCGAUACUUUGCAAUUCGAGGUGACCUCCUCAGACUUCAAGGCGAUAAGGAUGCCUUAGGGCUAAACACAACCAGCAACAGCCAAAGUCAGUCUGCGUCAGGGAAUACGUCCAGAGUGAAGCUGCCCGAGAUUCGUUUGCCGUCCUUCAGCGGAACAAUCAGAGAAUGGGUUACGUUUAGAGAUUCUUUCCGUAGUCUCAUUCACGACAACGAGCAUUUGACGAAAAUGGACAAGUUCACGUACCUCCGUUCUUCUCUGCAUGGUGAUGCACUGAAGGAAAUAAACAACAUCGAGCUGUCAGAGGCAAACUACGACGUCGCCUGGAAAAUGUUGGAAGUCCGCUACGAAAACAAAAAGCUAAUAGUCAAGGCUCAUCUCGACGCUCUCUUCGCCCUCGAACCGCUUAAAAAGGAGAACUACGACGGUCUGAACUUCCUUAUCAGCGAGUUUGAGAAAAACCUGAUGAUGUUGCAGAAAAUCGGCGAGCAUACGGAGUCCUGGAGUACAAUACUAGUCUACAUGUUGUGCGCUAGACUAGAUUCUGCAACAUUGCGCCAAUGGGAGACGCAUUACGGGUCUAAGGAGGUCCCAACGUACGAAGAGCUGCUACUGUUCUUGCAAGGUCACUGCUUAGUUCUUCAAUCAAUCACCUCUGCAAGAAGUCCACCAUCCGAAGCACGUCAGACAAGAUCAACAGUUUGCCAUACAACCAUCCGAUCGGAUUCACGAUGCCCGUUCUGUAGCGAAACAUGGCACUCACCGUUUCACUGCCAAAGAUUCCUUCGAUUUAAGAUAUCAGAACGCGUUGAAGCAGCCAAUCGAAGUCGAGUCUGUCGAAAUUGUCUACAGCCUGGACAUUUUGCGACGAACUGCACUCGUAGCAGUUGCCGAUUAUGUCAACAAAGGCAUCACACAAUGUUGCAUGCUACGCGAUCCUCCGUUCCGAAUCCGUCGAAUCCGAGACUCAGUCAACAGUCAAUUGCACAACCCUCUAAUCAAGAAAGCACCCAUAUUUAUCCACAGCAAACUUAUCAACAGCAAAGUCACACCAUGCCAAUAGUUACGGAAACACACACUCAAACACAAAAUGCAACACACAAUUCACCAAAUACAAGCACACGAAACGAUUCGCCAACGCCAAGCACAAGCCACAGCUACGUCGCACUACCUGUUAAGUCUGCUUCGAAUAUUCUGCUCCCUACCGCUCUUGUAAAGAUUAAGGACCGUUACGGUACCGCUCAGAUUGCUAGAGCCUUGUUAGAUUCUUGUUCGCAACACUGCUUGAUGUCCCAAGAGUUUUCUAGAAAGCUGAAGUUGAAAGAAGCGCCUACAUAUUUGUCAGUUCAGGGUAUUGGGUCGUCUCAGUCGGUUUCGACGAAGUCCAUACAUGCUGAAGUCUGUCCACGUUCACCAAAAAUAUCUAAUUUCCAAGAAACUAUGCAAUUCUUCGUGUUACCUAACCUUACACUUUAUCUACCUUCGACGUCGUUUGAUCCUCCGGUCAUGUCGCUUCCCGAUUCUGAAUCGUUAGCUGAUCCUUUCUUCCACGAGUCAAAGCCGAUUGAUGUCAUCAUUGGUGCCGAGUAUUACUUGGACUUGUUGAAGGAUGCACGAAGAAAGGUCACUAAGAAUGGUCCCACGCUCCAAAAUACAGUGUUUGGUUGGAUUGUGUCAGGUCGAAUGGUAAAAUCUCAUCAACACGUUUCCCACACUAUGAUCUGUUCUACAAGCAACUACAAAAAAGACUUAUACGAUUCCAGAAGCUGGAAACAUGUUGGGCUACGAACACCAACUCCAUGGAAGAAUCGAUAUGCGAAAAGAUUUUCCAUGAGCCCACAGUCAGAAAUGAAUCAGAACGUUUGGUCAGAACCCUACCCAAGAAUGAGUCAGUUUCGUGUCGGAAAUGAUUUGUGUCAGCAACCCUUACCGAAGCCAACCUAG